AUGGUUAAAUCAGUCUUGGCUUCCGCUCUCUUCGCCGUGUCCGCACUGGCUGCCAGCCGUACCACGGCUCCCUCGGGCUCCAUCGUCGUUGCCAAGUCUGGUGGUGACUAUGACACUAUCAGUGCUGCUAUCGAUGCUCUGAGCACCACCACCACUGAUACUCAGACCAUUUUCAUCGAGGAAGGUACCUACGAUGAGCAGGUUUACCUUCCCGCCAUGAGCGGCAAGGUUAUCAUCUACGGUCAAACCGAGAACACCGACUCCUACGCCGACAACCUGGUCACCAUCACCCACGCCAUCAGUUACGAGGAAGCUGGCGAGGAAGAUGACCUGACAGCCACCUUCCGCAACAAGGCUGUCGGCUCCCAGGUCUACAACCUCAACAUCGCCAACACCUGCGGUGCGGAUUGCCACCAGGCCCUGGCCGUGAGCGCCUACGCCACCGAGCAGGCUUACUAUGCCUGUAACUUCACCGGUUACCAGGAUACCCUCCUGGCUCAGACCGGUAACCAGCUCUAUAUCAAGUCCUACAUUGAGGGUGCUGUCGACUUCAUCUUCGGCCAGCACGCUCGUGCCUGGUUCCAGGAGGUUGACAUCCGUGUCGUCGAGGGACCUUCCUCCGCCUCCAUUACCGCUAACGGCCGCUCCUCCGAAUCCGACACCUCUUUCUAUGUGAUCAACAAGUCCACCGUUGCCGCUGCUGAGGGCAACGACGUUGCCGAGGGCACCUACUACUUGGGCCGCCCCUGGUCCGAGUACGCCCGGGUCGUCUUCCAGCAGACCGACAUGACCAACGUCAUUAACUCCCUCGGCUGGACUGAGUGGUCCACCUCUACCCCGAACACCGAGUACGUUACCUUCGGCGAGUACGCCAACACCGGUGCCGGAUCCGAGGGCACCCGCGCCAGCUUCGCGGAGAAGCUGGACUCCAAGCUCAACAUCUCGUACAUUCUGGGCUCCGACUACACCAACUGGGUCGAUACCUCCUACUUCUAA